AUGUCCGAACAACCCUCAGGCAGCGCGGGCGCAUCUGGCUCUGGCUCCGGCAGCAACCCCCCAAAGGCCAUCGCGAGCCUUGCGAAGAAGCAGAGCGAUGUAACGCGCCUCGGCACACAAAAGCUCAAAUUCGUGCCUACUCUUCCCGCACGACGCGAGGAACCCGCACCCUCAGCAAGCUCCGAGCGCGGCCGCGGCAGGGGCGGAGAACGCGGGCGAGGCAGGGGGCGCGGCCGCGGAGGCGAAGGAGGGCGCGGCGCAGCGCCCCGUCCACCCGCGGUAGAGAUGACCGCCUCCGGGCCCUUCGCGAUGGGCCCUGCGCUUGGGGGGACGUCCGCCCGCCGCACCGCGCCGCGCUCGAACUUCGCGCCCAUCGUGCCCCAGGGACCGGGCGGGGCGGCGCGCCUCGGCGCAGGGCUCACGCAGACGACGGCGCCGACGCUGAAGCGCGAGCCGAAGGACGGGGGCGGGGUCCCGCCGGGGGACGACGAGGUGUAUUCGGACCCGGACGAGGGCGUGGAGAUCGUCGAUAUGGAGAAUGUGAGGCAGAUGGACUGGAUGGCCCCCGAGAGUCUGCGGAAGGAGAAGGAGACGGGGAAGAAGAAGGUCAAGAAAGAAGAGAAGGGUGAAGCGAGGGUCAAAAAUGUGGUUGCGGAAGAGGCGAUGGAUAUCGACCGUUCGAAAACGCCAGAAGAGGAGCAGGUAAACCUAGCCAAUGCUCUGGACCUUAGCGAAAGUGAGGACGAAGAGGAGCUCGAGGAUAUCAUCGACGACUUCGCUCAAACACAAGCCGCCAAUGAAGAGACGGACAUACGGCAAGAGCGCCUGUACUUCUUCCAGUUCCCAAAUCCGUUCCCCGUCUUCCGAACACCCGAAGCGCCACCGGAAACCAAAGGGAAAGACAAGGCCGAAGACGGCAACGACGAGGCUGGCAAGAAAGUCACCUUCGCUGAGGACACAAAACCACCGGCACCCGCUGCAACGGCAGCACCAGCCGCGGGGGCAUCAAGCGCUGCCGACAAGACAGAAGGGCAGCCAAAAGUCGACGGUGUCGUUGGCCAGCUCGAAAUCUACGAGAGCGGCGCGGUCAAGCUACGCCUGCCAAACGGCAUCCUCAUGGACGUUACAGCAGCGACACAACCAUCCUUCCUCCAACACGCCGUCUAUGUCGACUCCGCGAAUAAACGGCUUUCCGUACUCGGCGAGGUCAACCGCCGCUUCGUCGUUACGCCCGACAUCGAUUCUUUGCUCGCCGGUAUGGAACUCGCGGACCAUCCACCCACGUUCGAGCUUGGUGAAGGCCUCCUCACCAUGGACACCACAUAG